AUGGCCUUCCUCUUUGGUCACGCCAAAACUUCCUACACCCACCACCAAAGUUCCAUAUCGCUCCCCACCAAAUCCGGCUCCAAGACCUCUUUUGCCGACCUAAUAAAGUCUGCCACUCCACCAUGUCGCCUCAACCCUUUCCUAUUCAACGGUCACCUCCAGACAAUGUGGACAGCUGUAAAGGACGACGGGCCACCCGUGUACUACAAGCGCAAGAUCUACGAAUCAACUCACUCAGUCUACCCUGGCCAGUUCACUGUUGACUUCGUCGUUUCGAAGGACGAGGGAUUGGCAAGCAAGAAUGACGAGACUCUGCCCGAGAGGACAACUUUCUAUUCCGAAAAUGAAUGGACCGAUGUUGGGAGUCAAGAUACAAAGCCAAUGUUGGUGUGCUUGCAUGGCUUGAGUGGUGGCUCCCAUGAGGUUUACCUGCGGCAGUGCGUGGCACCCGUCACGUCGACAGGAUGGGAAGCUUGUGUGGUCAAUGGGAGAGGAUGUGCAAUGUCGAAGAUCACGACACCAAGAUUGUUCAAUGCGAGGGCGACAUGGGAUGUGAGACAGCUGGUUGAUCAUCUGAGGGAGCUGUUCCCAAAUCGUCCCCUUUACGCCGUCGGAUUUUCUUUGGGCGCGAACAUCCUGACGAACUAUGUGGCUGAAGAGGGUGAAGGUUGCGUAUUGAAAGCCGCGGUUGCAUGCUCAAACCCCUGGAAUCUCGAGAUCGCCAAUGUAGCACUGCAACGAAGCUGGUUAGGACUAGAGGUCUACAGCUCAGUCAUGGGAGGCAACUUGAGGAGGUUGUAUGAACUACACCGCACUGAGCUUCUCAAAGCUGAAGAGCUCGACGAUGAGAAGAUCAUGAAGUGCAAGUAUUUGCACGAAUUCGAUAGAGCGGUUCAAGCACCAAGCUGGGGAUAUCCAACAGAAACUGCAUAUUAUCGCGAUGCACAGUCAGCUGAUGCAGUUGUUGCUAUCAAAAUUCCGUUCCUCGCUAUCAACGCGGAAGACGAUCCGAUUUCCAGCAUGGAGGCGAUACCCUACGAAGAGUUCAAACAGAACCCAUAUACUGUCCUUUGCUGCACCAAUUGGGGUGGACACUUGAGUUGGUUCCAGUUUGGAGGUAGAAGAUGGUUUGCGGACGCUGUCGUGGCGUUCCUCACUAAGCUGCAUGAGGAGGUCGAUGUGGAUGAAUUGCCAGCAGGCAAGAAAGUGGAGGCGAAUGACAAGGUGCCGACGAAGAAGUAUCCCAUUUUCGACCCGUGUAACAGGAGGUUGGUAUUGCCGCCAAAAUAG